AUGGGCAACAAUGGACUCGACAACUCCGGAACGGGCCCCUUGAAGGUUCCCGGAUUUAACAAUAUUCCCCUUGAGCUGUCCCUGGACAGCGAAGACAGAUUCUACGAUGCGGUUCCGAUGGACUGGUACAGCUCUCCUCUGACAGUCCGGGAGUUGACCAUGUUGAAUCUGAUGGAAACGCUGACGGACCGACCUGGAUGGUAUAACCUUGUAUUUGACAAGAGCACUGCCGCAAAGUGGAAAGAAGAGGCUAUGGUACGCCCGAUGAUUAGCCGCAAGGCGUGGGACUGGUGCUUGGCUGAAUUGCGCGAUAAAGCCAUACGAUUUAAAGAAACAGGCCAGAUUUUAGUUUUAAACUCUGGCAGUGCUGUCUGUAAAUCCGACACUAUUAUUCCCUCGUCGGUUGGCUUGAAGAUCCAACAGUUUGUCUCCGAUCUGUCGGACGAGUACAGAGACCAGAAAGACUGGGAGCCCAGUUCCAAUAAGCAGAUUUGGAAUAUAAUAGACCCAUCUCUUUUCCCUCUUAUUUACGGACAGACGCGUGUUCUGGUAAAUGGCGGCUAUGUUCCACUCGAACAAACAUUGGAAACCUACGGGCAAGGCGAGGCUGCACCAAGGCAUGAUCAGGAUCGUGAAAGAUUGGAGGGGCUUCCUGGGAGUUAUCGUACCGCGAGAACAUUGCUGUUCUCUCACCGAUUUCAGUGGCUUCCCUGCGAGGUGGAAUUCUGUGGGCCAGUGGGAUCGACAGACGUACGAAUUACCUCUUACAUCAACGACCUGCACCCGAGCAGACAACGCUCCUUCUAUGAAACGCUUGAAAAGGUAAUAUCUCGAGUCAUCGGACCAUGGAAUGAGACAUUAAUCAAAGGAGUACCUAUGGAUUUCGAUUUGCCUUCCCCACGGGGCAGGGCGCCCCGGAGAAUUCAAACAUUUGGUGUUGAAUGGCAAAAUGAGUAUCCAAAGUGGGCAGAAGACCUGCCAACGGAACUGAAUGAUAACCUCGAAGCAUGCCACAACACACUGGCCCGUGUCAAGGACUAUGUUGCUCUUCCAGAAUACGGCGUUAAAGUCGAAUGGCAAGGUCUUGAAACAAAGGAUAUCCCACAGGAUUGGGAGAGCACGGUAUCCUUGAAGGACGUGGUCGAUGCAAAAUACAGUCGCCUGUUUCGCUUCGAGCAUUCCGAUCCAGGUCUCUACUCAUAUGACGAAUGGAAGGCAGGGAAAACUGCGAAAUCUAUUGUUGGCCCCACGGAGCAUGACAUCCAGUGGAACACAGACCCGAAGAUCUGGCGUUCACAAUUCAAUAUGAAAGACCCAAUGGAUCGUUACAAAAUACAAGAGGCUCCUGGUAUGCGUUGCACUGAUCAUGAGUAUUAUACAGUGAAGCUUCAGGAAACGUUUCGCGAUAAAGGCCUACAAAUCAUUGUGAAGUUGGAAGGGAUUGAACUAACGCCAGAGAGCCCAUCGUAUCCGGGCGAGGAUUGGCAUACAGAUGGCCUUCGUAAUGAGCACAUCGUGGGAGUUGCAGUCUAUUUUUUCGACAUGGAAAACGUGACAGGUAGCAGGCUCUUAUUCCGUCAAGAGAUUGAUAUGGAUUCAGAUGUGUAUCAGUUUGAGGGAUGGGAUGUACCGUACUUGGAAGAGUUAUUCGGCGUCAAAGAUGACAAACCUGCUCUGCAGGAGCUUGGGUCUGUGUCAAUUGGCCAGGGACGCCUUAUAGUCUUUCCAAACGCACUCCAUCACCGCAUGGAGCCAUUUGAGCUGAUUUCCAAAUCUCGGGCCGGACACCUUCGAUUUCUGACACUGUGGCUCGUCGAUCCAUACUACCGCAUUUGCUCCACGCGGAAUGUACCACCGCAGCGGCAUGACUGGUGGGCACAAGAAGCAGAGUCACUGGUAACGUCGGCACAUUCGCUUCCUCAAGAGUUGGCCACCAUGGUCAUAAACGAAACACAUCAAUGGCCCAUAGAUCUCGCGGAGGCUCAACACAAUCGACUUGAAAGAAGCAAGGAUAGCUCUAUCGCUCAUGACGCGAUGGAAUAUCUGAUCCAGAAUCAUACAAUAAAUCUUUGGAAGCGAACCUAG